GCUAUCUCAGGUUCAAUCUUUCAAUAUUUACCCUCGGGAAACUCGCCCGGAAUGCUAAUUCCCCUCCCAAAUACUUCCAGAUUUUUUUUAAAUACGAAUUGGAAGUGACUGCGGACCUAUAAUUAUUCUUUGAAGUCCUGCAGUGUAGUAAGAUGACAUAGCAAUCGGUCUAGCUCCAAGGCGUUACUCAAUUCAACAUGUCGCGACUCGCAUGUCGAUCGACCUACACCCGGCUUCAAUGCGCCGGCGUACCCAGACCCGUCCGGACGGCUUCGCCAUGCGUCGCAUACCUACAACGUACGCGAUCAUAUGCCACAGAGAAGAAAGAUCAGGGAUCUAGUUUCCAGGGCCAGAUGCUCGAGAGUAUAAGCUCGCGAAUCGCGCGCGAGAAGGCAGAGAGAGAAAAGUUUGCGAGACAGCGACAGGAGUCCGCGGGAACGAGGCUCUGGGCUACGACUUUCGUCGUUCUCGGUGCCGCUGCUGGCUCUUACUUCUUAGGCACGAAAGCUCCCCGAGAUAUUGACCCUACCUCGACUCUUCCUCUAGCUCUUACUCGCGACCCGAAAUACAAUGUCGACAAGGCGAACCUCGAAGCCGCCUGGGCCGACUUUGCUAGCAUCGUCGGAAAUGAGAAUGUCAGCACAGUGGACUCUGAUCUCGAAACUCACGCGAACUCGGACUGGUCGAGUUACCGCAGCAAGAAGUCGGAGAAGUCGUUCAUGAUAGUCUACCCGAAUUCGACAGACGAGGUUAGCCAGAUUAUGAAGAUCUGCCAUUCGCGACGGAUACCAGUGGUCGGCUACAGUGGAGGUACCAGCUUAGAAGGCCACUUCACACCAACGAGAGGGGGUAUCUGCGUAGAUUUCCAGAGGAUGAACAAGAUCAUUGCGCUGCACAAGGAGGAUCUGGAUGUCGUUGUGCAACCGGCGGUGGGUUGGGAGCUACUCAACGAGGAAAUUGGCAAGGACAACUUAUUCUUCCCUCCUGACCCGGGCCCGGGUGCUCAGAUUGGAGGCAUGAUUGGUACUGGAUGUAGCGGUACGAAUUCGUACCGGUAUGGCACUAUGAGGGAAUGGGUACUCUCGCUUACUGUCGUGCUGGCGGACGGUACGGUAAUCAAGACCCGCCAAAGGCCGAGGAAGAGUUCUGCGGGUUACGAUCUGACGAAGCUCUUUAUCGGCAGCGAAGGCACUCUGGGUCUUGUCACUGAGGCAACUCUUAAGCUUACCACAAAACCCGCUAGCACGAGUGUGGCGGUUUGCGGUUUCGGUACGAUUCGGCAGGCUGCCAACUGUGUCGCGAAAGUGGUUGGUCAGGGUGUCCCGGUUGCUGCCGUCGAAAUUCUCGACGAAGAGCAGAUGAAGUGCAUCAACGAAGCUGGUAUGACGUCGAAGCAAUGGAAAGAAGUCCCUACACUGUUUUUUAAGUUCUCCGGCACCGAGCGUGGCGUCAAAGAGCAGAUUCAGAUUGUCCAGGAGAUGGCUAAGUCAACGGGUAGCAAGAGCUUCGAGUUUGCCCGCUCCGAGGUCGAAAAAGCCGAGCUGUGGAGCGCACGCAAGGAGGCGUUAUGGAGCACCAUGUCCGUCGCCAAGCCCGGCGAGAAGGUUUGGACCGGAGAUGUAGCUGUUCCUAUGAGCCAGUUGCCUCUCCUCAUCGAGGAGACUAAGGACGACAUGAAGAAGAGCGGCAUGUACGGCACUAUUGUCGGACACGUUGGCGAUGGAAACUUUCAUAUUAUUCUACUUUCAAAUGACGAGCAGAGACAUGCUGCCGAGGAGCUAGUGCACCGCAUGGUGAAGAGAGCCGUCGAAUUGGAAGGAACAGUAACAGGUGAACACGGAGUUGGUCUAGUCAAGAGGGAUUAUCUACCGCACGAACUAGGCGAGAGCACAGUAGACACGAUGAGAAAGAUCAAGCAAGCGCUUGACCCUCUCAGUCUGCUAAAUGCCGACAAGGUUGUCCGGGUACAGAGGCCGAAGCCUGGUGAGGUUGCCGAAUGGUGAUGCUACUAUAUAAUCAGCAUUUGUAUAGGCGACAUCGUUACCCCUUAUAUACCUCCUAUCUAUAUCCCGGCGUAUUGCCUAAAAAUACCGAUUUUGUAACUUCACGUGUACUUAUCCAUUUCUAUGCCUCAUUCACUCCAGAUAUUGUACGAGUGCGAAUAUGUGGGAAGCGAUUAUGUCUUUGAGCCUUAAUGGUGUUGCACUUUCGCGCCCUAUUAAAUUCGAUACUAUGGGGCAUUUACUCCAUGCGUGUUGCCCCAAGGCUCAAUAACAGCUGUGAGCCACCGCUACCACUACCCCUUUACGCCAAUCCCCAUGUCGGCACCUUAUUCAAAUAUACGACUUAAUCACUCAUACACGAAGCAAAAAGGCGAAGCCCCUACGGUGUCAAGCAAUUCGCGGUACUUGAACGACCCGCCAACCGGGCUAACGUCAAGCACGUCGUCCAGCGUUCCGUUGCGACUCGCCGGCAUGUUCAUCAUAGUGAUAGUUCCAGCCAUGGUCUACAUACGUCUUAGUCAACGCCUAAAAUCAAAAUACUUGAUGAUGAUCUCACCUGUCGGUUCUCCCAGUCAAGGUUCUGCCAGAUGAAGUACAUGCGGUCGAUCUGUCCGUGGUGCUGAUAGAAGCCAGGCUCUAGCGGUGAGAAGUAGAAGUCCCCGCCCGGGUCGCCAGCGAUGGCGAAAUGACCACCACCG